AUCGACCCGUGAUGUCUUAACGCGAAGUAGUUUACCGUCGUUUCCUUCAAUUUUGGCUUCAAUUGACACAACUUGUGUGCCAAAGAGUUCAGAAAACAAGCACAAGGUUUUAAUUCAUUUUAUUGCCCCUCGAAAACAACUCAUACGAUCAGACACGAUGGCCGUUGUUGUUAUUCUUCCGUUGAGGGCUUAGAAAGAACCUGAGGUAAGCAAAAAUCCGCUUUGACGAAAUAGAACUGAUUGACAGAUGUCCAAGUGAUCACUCAUUUUGCUGAUAGUGUAAUAAUCUUAAUCACACCUAUUGACCUUGGUAACUGAAUUCAUCACGUACAUAACACGGAGGAUAGUGGUUUUCCUCGUGCAGAGUAAGUGGUCGAGACUGCCUCCCACGAACUCAAUUUUCACAAAAUUGGGAAGAGGAAUUUACUUGAAACCCAAUUUUACACGUCAUUGCCGUUAGACAAGAUGCGAUUCGCUACAGUGUUGCUUGUUGCCAUCGUUCUUAUGAUGAUGGUAGAGUUAUCAGAAACAAGAGGACGUAAAGGCAGAUCCGGUCGAUCUAGGUCCAAAGGGUCCAGCUCAAAAUCUAAAAUCCCCAAAUACACGCCAAUCAAAGCCACCUCAGUUCGCUCCCCGGUGAUCGUCUCACAGACUCACUAUGGUUCGCGUUCAAUCACGUUCAAGAAAGUUGUCUUUGCCAACUCGCAGCACCGCCAUCCUUUCAGCAGUGCCCCAGUCUAUCGGAUGGGAUAUCCAAUGUACCGGAGUUAUGUCUCCAUCCCGAAGAUGAGAGCAGUGAGGGUUACCUUUGAGAGAGAAAGGCUGCUGGAUGACAAUGGAAAUUUGUGUUUGGAUACAUCAGAAGGGAGUCAAACACUGAAGGAAGGAAUCGACGACCACUUGGUUGAUUUGACAACUACAGUGAAGUACAAAAAUGGAGAAACGAAAACACUACACGGAGUCGACAAAACAGUGUCGUUGGAAGACAUCAAGGAUCAAGACUUUGAAGUUGUAAGCCUUGCCCGUUACAACUUGAUUAUUGUGACGGGAACAACUUGUACAAAGGUUGAAACGACCAUCGAAGGAACGAUGGUUAUCAUGUACGAGACAAAUCCGAACAGCUCAAACAAACUGAACAUCAACAACAUACUACUCUCAGUCGUUAUUACGUUGUUAAUGUUUAUGAAUUUACAUCUAUUUCCUUGUUGAAUCAAGAGGACUAAUGUUUCGCCGGCAUCAAUAUGUUCAGGCGCGACUCAUAGUCAUUUGAGCCUGAAAAAGUGAUAAUGAUAGUACUUAUCGUCGAAAGAGCAAUUUAACUGGCUUUUAGCCCGCUGAAAUCUCGAGCUUGGCUUGGAAAGUGAAUAACCUCUUUUAAAACUUCCGGUUAUUCAUGCGACAAAUUAAGAACUAUCAACGACCCUCAACCGAAGAUAUUGUAGGAUGAUAAGUUGUACCAUGAUGAUUUGCACGUGGCUAUGCUAAAUUUGCAUUUAGCUUGAUUUUGCUUCGAUUUUAGUAACCAUAUUAAAUUUAUUUGAUAUGAAAACGA